GAGUUUUGUAGACAUGCGAACGCAGACGCCUCCCGUAUCAACGACCAUCACGCGCGCGAUACGGCACACGUAUCUUAUCAACACGACGUUCUCUACAGUUCGUAUCAAGCAACAGCAGCCGCCGGACAGGAGGAUUGCGUUUGUUCUCGAAAUAAAAUUUAUAAUGCAUAUUUUAAUAUGUGUAAAAACAUAUAGGGUCAGGGAAUGUUUAUCGUAUUUGAAUGAUUUAGACGGCAUUAUUUUGGAACGCAAGUUCAACUUAGGACCACGGUGUAAUACACGGGACGAGUGAAACCCUGAAAACAAUAUUUCGAUACGAAUGAUCGUUCGUGAGAGGAAAAUACUUUCAUAAAAGAGUUUUCAUUGUGUAACAUUAUGAAAUAUGAUUGAGAACGUAUGUCCAUUCUGUUAGCCUUCCAUAGGAAGUUAAUUUACGGAUUAUCACACACGUUACCGACGACCACCGAACAUUGGGCAAUAACUCGAAAUAAUCAUAAAAUUAGUAUGUUUAAUAAAACUAAAUCAUUCAAUUCUGAAGAAUACACGCGAUCUUCUCGCUGACGGGAUCCUUGAGUGACCGAAGACCAAAUUUGAAGGUUGCAGCAUCUCGAAACUUACGAGCAUGAGAAGUGUUAGUGCUGUGUGGUUUCUUCGAGCCGCUGUGAUGGUGGCAAGCGCUCACAUCCGCCUCCAGCCAUCGGACGCUAUGAAUUCUUCCCACUUAUACUUUCAUAAGAAGAUUGAGCCUAAUUAUGAGCCUGAAGGAAAUGAAAAGCUCGUGCAUGUCUCGCUAAGUAGCACGCUGUGGACCAGCACCUCUCCACAUUCUUCCAUUUCCAUGGAGUCGUCUCACAAAGCAUCCCUUCCGUCUUUGGAGUGCUCGAGCGACAAAGACUGUGACAGCUACAAUGCCAGUGUCCCGCUGGUAUGCAUUGAUGAGCAAUGCACGUGUCCGGCCCCCUACUGCUGGCACUACCAAUACUUUAAUUCGAAAAAUUUCUUCUUUUGCGGCACGUGUGGGACGCUGGGCUCGAGCUGCAAUAAUACGGAGUGUAAGCCUCCUGGCCGGUGCUGGGAAGACCACUUCUGCCAUUGUAACACAGGGAUGAAUUAUUACGGGAUAUGCCAGUUCACGGUGGCAGUAUUCGAACAAACCGUCGUAACUUCGAUAUUGACGGGAAUAGUGUUCUUUCUCUGCAUCGCCAUUUGCGUCGUCUCUUUCAGGCCCGACGAUGGCUACAGUCGCACGUGGUGCUGCCGCCGCAUGCCCUGUAACUCGCGGAACAAUCUUGAGCUGGAGCGAGACAUGGCGGCCAUCAGGCGGGCUCGAAGAGGACGUCACUCCAAAACUGUUGCUUUCACGCACACUGAGCGGCUGAGUCGACAAGCUAACACGCCUACAGUACAAUGAACAGGACCAAAACUGGGAGCACAUACUGAGGAGAUAUUCAUCGAUGGCCUCCGUUUAGUUCUGCACAAAUUAAUCUAGUCUCGUUUUGACAGUGCAUGUUUAAUAUCGAAUGCUCUCAUUAAGCAAUUGAAUUGCAACUAUUUUUUCGAUUGACGCUUGAAAAAAAAGGCAUUGGACUACAUAUUGGUCAAUAAAUAAUUUUCAUCAUAAAUGGAUGAAAAAGUUCAAAGUUGAAAAACCAAGAAUAUUACAGAACACAGCGCAAUAAUCACUUAUUACGUUUAGAAAUUACAAUUAUUUAGUCAGAAGCUUGACAAACUGUAACCUCAUGCAAACCUCUUGGCACAAGGAAAUUAAUAAACACACCUUCGAUAAAAUAUAAAAUUGUAAAACUACCUACAUAUAUCACCGUUUGGUACCUGUUGAAGAUAUGUAUCAAGGUUGGAACUGAUGCACAAUUGAGUAAAUAAGAAGUGUUGUCCUGAGGUGGUCAAGACUAUUCGAAUAGCUCAUCCUAAUGAAUUCUUAUAAUUCGUACACAUUUGAAAUUCUCAUGUAUUGACCUAAGCUAAUACCAAUUGAAGUCAGCGCUUUUGCUAAGAUGAAACAAUCUAUGCUAUAAAAAUACUUUAAAUGAGUUUACGCCCAUAGAAUAUUCAGCAAAAUGGUCAAUAACUGCAACAAUAAUAUUGUUUGACACUCAAUAGAAUCGGUAUAAACAUUAU